AUGUCACUCGUAACAGUUGCAAGAAGACUACGGAUAUCUCAUUCCCAACUCCUUUUCCCACUUCUCCAUUCCAUCCCCCAUCAACAGUCUCCCUCUCCGCUCGGUAACUAUAACUCUCUCCGCUUCUUUUUCUAUGCGGCAUUUCAUCGAACGCUGUCAAUACCCACACGAUCCCCUCGCCAUUUCUCCACUUCCCAAUCCUUCUCCACUCAAUAUCUCAACGAACCAUUUGAGCUCGUCCAACAAAGAAUCCAUACCCAUGGCCCUCUUCAACUGGGCCUUCUUCAAUCACUCAAAAAGGCUGCCCAUUUUCCCUCAGAAACAGAGGCUAUGGCUUCUCUUGAUGAUUCAGGCAUUAAAGUAAAUCAGAGUUUAGUGUAUUCAGUGAUCUGGGAAUUAAGAGAAGAGUGGAAAAUUGCGUUUUUGGCUUUGAAAUGGGGAGAGAAAUGGGGCUGUGUUGAUGAGAAAGCUUGUGAAUUGAUGGUGUGGAUUUUGGGUAAUCAUAGGAAGUUCAAUAUUGCUUGGAUUUUGAUUAGAGAUUUGCACAGGUCCUUGAUAAGUACUAGAAGAGCUAUGCUUAUUAUGAUUGAUAGGUAUGCAGCUGCAAAUGAUCCAGGAAAAGCUAUUCACGCAUUUCGCAUUAUGGAUAAGUUUAGAAUGACCCCUGAUGAAGAAGCAUUUCAGUUCCUUUUGAAUGUUCUUUGUAAAAAUGGAAACAUUGAAGAGGCUGAAGAGUUUAUGCUUGUUAAUAAGAAAUUCUUCCCUCUGGAAGUCGAGGGAUUUAACAUUAUUCUCAAUGGGUGGUGUAAUAUAUGUGUUGAUGUAUUAGAAGCGAAGCGAAUUUGGAGGAAAAUGUCGGAAUACUGUAUUACCCCUGAUGCUACUUCUUAUACACACAUGAUUUCUUGCUUUUCAAAGGUUGGGAAUCUUUUUGAUUCACUGAGACUUUAUGAUGGGAUGAAGAAAAGAGGUUGGGUCCCUGGAUUGGAGGUUUAUAAUUCUCUGGUUUAUGUAUUAACUCGUGAGAAUUGCUUUAAGGAAGCUCUCAAAAUUCUAGACAAAAUGAAAGAAACAGGGUUGCGGCCAGAUUCUGCUACUUACAAUUCGAUGAUUCGUCCUUUGUGUGAGACGAAAAAACUAGAGGAUGCAAGAAGUUUAGUGGCUGCCAUGAUAGAGGAGAAUGUCAGCCCGACAAUAGAAACCUACCAUGCAUUUCUCGAGGGUACUUUUUUUGAAGGAACUUUUAAAGUCCUUGAUCGAAUGAAGUUAGCUGGUUUAGGUCCCACUGGAAAUACCUUUCUGUUAGUUCUUGCCAAGUUCUUCAAACUAGAGCAACCUGAGAAUGCAUUAAAGAUAUGGGUGGAAAUGAAGCAGUAUGAAGUGGCUCCCAGUUUGACACAUUAUACGGUGGUGGUGGAAGGACUAGCAAGGUGUGGUUUGUUAACCAAGGCUCGAGAAUAUUACACUGAGAUGAGAUCAAAUGGAUAUUCAGAUGAUCCAAAGCUUCAGAAAAUGUUGAAAGAAACUGUUCAAGACAAGAAUGACAAAAGAAAACAGCUGAGAGGGCAAGUUAAGAGAGAUCAACAUGUAAGUCACAAGAAAGGCAGUGUGGUCAGAGGGAGAAGUCGUCGACACUGA